GAGCCUUCGCGUGCGACUGCAACUGGCGGCCGAGUCUGAUGGCGAGCUCCUCUGCAGGAAAGUUGUCAUGGUGGUGCCAGAAGGAUUGAGUCUGGUGUCCGACUUCCUGCAUUACAUCUACGGCUACUUCAGGCUGCAGCCAACGCAGCCCUUGGCAAUGUCCAUUGAAGGUUUCGGUCUCCUUCCAGCCCAGUGCCUUGAGGAUGUCCUCCGCGAUGGUGACUUAGUUUGGGUCCGACCUGCGCAGACGCAGAGGCGAGGGCCUUGCAAGCGCCGCGCGCUGACGAACGGCCCAGCCCUUCUGGCCUUGCCAGAGGCCAAGGAACCGCUCGCUGAAGAGAAUGCAGACGAGGAAGUAAAGCAAGAAGAAGAGGAAUCAGAAGGAGGAGAAGCGGAAGAAGCUGACGCAGAAGAGGAAGCAGCAGCAGAAGGAGCCGCAGCUGCAGCGGCUCCUAGCAAUGUCGCCGCGGGAGCUGAGGCUUCGGCGACAUCCGCACCGGAGACGCUGCCAGACGCAGCGGCGGCGAAGCUCUGGAAGCCGCUGUCGCGUGCGCCUUUGCCGGGAGAGGUGAUCCGAUUCCGUUUGAGGACACCCGCGGGACUGACGGACUUUCAGGCUGCUCGGUGUGUCGGAGCUGGCAUGGUGGCUGGGGUGUCCCAGGUGACCCUCGAGCAGCAGGGGAGCUCCUCGAGCUUUCCCGUGGAUUCUCUGUUUCAGGUCGGCCUCUUUCAGGCUGGCGAUGCCCCAGAAGAAGUACGGCAAAAGAAGGAGCCGAGCAGUGCCGCGAAGCCAGCCGAGAGGAGGACACGGCCGACCACAGAAGCUUCACCUAAGAAGCCACGAAUCCAGCCACCGAUGGACAAGCACAAGUUGGAACAGCUCCGCUAUGCCAUCCGAAGUCAGUUCGACUACUACUUUGGCGACGCGAACUAUGCCAAGGAUAACUUCCUGCGGUCCCAAGCAGAUGAUGACGGUUGGACAUCGCUCAGACUGGUUGCAAAGUUCAACAGAGUUCGUGAGCUCACAGAGGACUUCGAGGCCGUGCAGCGCUCCCUUGAAGAUUCUGCGAUUGUCGAAGUAUCUGAGUGCGGCGAAUACGUCCGGAAGAGAAACCACGAGCCGGACGAGCCCAGAGAC